AUGGAGAGGGCGAAGGUGAUGACGAGAAGCGCAACGGAAUCCCAUUUGGAGGGCGGAGGCGGAGGAGGAGGUGAUGGGGUGUGCACCGCCGUGGUGAGCCCUCAGGGUUACGAGUGCCGAGAAUAUGAGGUGAAGACGCAAGACGGGUACAUACUGACCAUGCACAGGAUCCCACAAGGAAGAGGAGGCGGCAGCGCGGGCAAGAGGCAGCCUGUGCUGCUCCAACAUGGAGUCCUCUCGGACGGGACGACAUGGCUACUGAAUCCACCUCAACAAUCACUGGCUUUCGUACUUGCAGACAAGGGAUUCGAUGUAUGGAUUACACACGGCAGGGGCACCAGGUGGAGCCGUCGCCAUGAGUCUCUCAAUACAUCAGACACGGCUUAUUGGGCGUGGUCAUGGGAUGAGUUGGCCAGCUAUGAUUUGCCUGCUACUGUGGGUUUCGUAUUCCAGCAAACUGGGCAGAAGCUGCACUAUGUCGGUCACUCCAUGGGAUCUCUGACAGCUCUAUCAGCAUUCUCUGAAGGGAAGCUGGUGGAUAAGAUCAAGUCAGCUGCCCUUUUGAGUCCGGUGGCCUAUCUGACUUCCAUGACAACUCCGAUCGGAAGAGCUGCAGCCACCGCAUUCGCAGGAGAAAUGUUGGGAGCGCUUGGAGUGGCAGAAUUUGAUCCUAAAGGGGCAGUCGGAACCAUGUUUUUGGAGUUGGUCUGCGCUAUUCCGGGGGUGAAGUGCUACGACCUUAUGGCAUCAUUAACAGGGCCAAACUGCUGCCUCAAUGACUCCACUGUUGACAUGUUCUUGAAGUAUGAACUCCAGCCUACAUCCGUGAGGACACUCGUCCAUUUUUCACAGACAUUCAGACGUGGAGUGAUAACAAAAUACGACUACGGGAGCAGUACGGCCAACAUGGCUGCGUAUGGGCAGAGCAGCCCACCCGAGUACCAUAUGUCCAACAUUCCACACCACCUGCCGCUGAUGCUCUGCUACGGCGGCGGGGACAUGCUGUCGGACGUGAAGGACGUGCAGCUGCUGUUGAAUGAUCUCAGCAACCAUGACGCCGACAAGCUCGUGGCUCAGCUGGUGAACGAGUACGCACAUCUGGACUUCGUGAUGGGGGUGAAUGCCGAGCAGGUCGUCUACGACGGCCUCAUCGCAUUCUUCGACAAACACAGUUGAUGGGCUUCUUCCCGG